CAAUAAUAUAAUAACCCGAACGGUUCGGUCGCGGCAGUCGAAGUUUGACUGCUUUGGCUUCUGGACGUGUGUCCGUCUCUGUGUUUCCAUCCUGAAUGGAUUAUAUUCUGUGAAUUCCAUACACAACGUGUAUUAUAUUCGUGCGUUCGAGUCAAUCCGGGACUAUCGAAAAAAUUUUUAGUCGUUGAAUUUGGCAAACGUGACACGACAACGACAAUGGCAGACGACAAAAAUGGCGGCGGUACUGCUGUCGUACGGACGCCCAACAGCGAUACCUGCGGAAUGAUCGUCAACCACGGUGCCGACGGCUGGGCGGCGGCAGCAGGAGCAGCAACGUUACCGCCGCAAGCAGCAGUACCAGCGAACGCCGCCGUUUUCGGAGCUCCGAUAAUUCACCCAGCGCCCCCUUACGGCACUUUGAACAACAACAAUAACAAUCCGGUCAUCAAAGAACAGCAGCAGCAAUUGAAACCGCUGAAGGUAUGAAUACGAAUUCUUGCGCGCGCACCCGUCAAAAGUCAAAAUGUUGCGCAAUGUCGUAAGUCGUCGCGAUUCCCCGCCUCUCACUACCAACUCGCUCUUCGAUUUUAAAACUGGAAUUUUUCAUUUACGGUAUAGGUAUAGCCCGUUUUUUCCCGGCCGAUUUUCACUUAAUAAUAAUUUAUGUAAUCAAUUGGGAGGUUUAUUUCAUAAUACAUUAAUACAGCGCAUAAUUGUAUCGAAAACCUUGAUUACAUAAAGUAAAAGUUCAAAAUAACUGGCUCUGUAACAAAUUGGUUUUCAAUCACCAUUAAGUAUUUGAACAGUUGCAUGUUUUCCUCAAAAUCAAUUUUGGAAUAUAAAUCCAAUUAUCUAUUCUUAGUAGUAAUCUGUCAUUAAAGGUGCCAUUUUUUUUAAUUAUUUUGCUUUUAUUGAACCUAUAAUAAAAUAAUGACUAUAAUAUAUUUAUGAAUACUAUUGGGACCUACUCUGCAUAUAAAUAAUAAUUUAGUAUUAUAAUUUAAUACAGGUCCACAUAACACAUACUAUGUACCUGGUAUCUAUACAAAAUGUAUACCACCUAUAUUUUAUAUUUUCCUUUCACUCAAAAAUUUAGAACUAGCCUUUAAAAUUGUACUGCAAUAUGGUAUAAAAUAAAUACCUUGUUAAAUAAUUAUAUGUUCUAUCUGAAUUAUAUUGAAAUUUGUAGUUAAAACUAUUUAAUAACACAAAACUGAUGCUUCAUUUACUAUAAUAGAAUGCAAUAUGCCAAGGACAACUAGGUACCUAUCUAUUAAACAAUUUUAACUCUUCAAUUGUUUUUGAUUCCAGUACUGCAGUGCAUGUUAUUAACUUAAAUUGAUUUAAUGACCAAUAAUUCUUAAUAUAAUUUUUAAAAUUCCUAAAAAAAAACAGACGCCACUAUGUAUAGGAUCCAAAAUCUUAUACAAGCUAAGAGUCUGCAUUUUACAACACUUAUGAUUAAGGCAUAUGUAACUAGUUAAUUAAAAUAUUGUUAGGUACCUAUGUAAAUAGGUUACAAGCAGGGCUUGGAUUAUUUCUAAUUAUAGGAUACAGUAUGAGCUAUACCUUUAUUUGUUUUUAUGUAUCAAGGAUUCCAAAUAAAUUAUUUUAUUUGGCAUAUUUAAAGCAUUAACUAUAACUUAUGAUUUAUUUUUCUGUUUUUCAUAAUUAUCAUUUUAAUUUUAUACUUUUUUCACACAUAAUUUUAAAUAGUUACAUUCAUUUGACGUCCCUAUUCAAAUUCAUUUUAUUAAUUAUGUGUAAAUGUAUAAUUCACUAAUUUAAAACAACUAAAAAUUUAGUAGUACAACUAAAUGAUAAUAAAAAAUAAAGGUUUCUAUUUGUUUUGUUUUUAGUGCUAUAAAAUCCAAGCCCUGGAUUAUAAGUAAUGUAAUUAAUAUUCGAUGAAUACAAAAUAUAAUUUGAUAUUAUGUAAAAUAAUCAUAUGUAUAAUAAUAAUAAUAAUGUAUUAUCUGUUUAUUUGUAUAAUAGACAUGCGAAGUUAUACAAUCUCCUUAUAAAUACCUAUUUGUAAAUAAUUAAUUUAGUUCAGUCUAGUUGAUUUUUAUAAAUAUGAUUUUAGAAUAAUUGUUUUAAAAAAAAAUCUUUAUACCUUAUACCCAACUAUUUAAAAUGUCUUUUGUUUUAUAAUAAAACUAAUAAAAUAUUUUUUAGGGACCUGGUAAUGUAGAGCACAGAACUAAACGUCCACGCCGUGGUAAACGUAAAAGUAAAAAAGUUAUGCCAUACAUGAAAGACAGGAUGAUGAUUCGUUACAAAGCUGUGGCUCCCAACAACACUAAUCAAUUUUUAAUGGAAGAUCAUAAUGAUGGACCAGAUAUAGAUAAAAAAAUAUCUGCGCGAUAUAAUAAUGAAAAUGGACGGACAAGAAAUUCAAGCUUGACCAGCUUAGAGUCCGAUGGAGAACCUGUAUAUUCUUCAUCAGAUGAAGAUGGCACUUCAAUACAGAAAGAAUUCAUUGAUACUUAUAGACUUGUCCAAGAAGAACAAUUGGCUGAAUUAUCUAAAAACGAACUCACUCAACGAGUAAUCGAGCUUGAAGAAAGAGUGCAGUUACUUGAAUCUAAAAGGUAAUAACAAUAGUAAAUAUUACUGUAAACUAAGUAUAAUUGACAUUUUUUUUUUUUUUUUUUUUUUUUUUUUUUUUUUUUGUAAUUUUGUUCCUAAAAAUAUAAUCUUAAUAUUCUGUUUUUAUUAAUAAUAAAAAUUAAUUGAGUAUAACAGAAAAAACAAUUUUAAUUAUUAAUUUCACUAUUUUGUGUUUAAAUAUAGGUAUAAAAGAAAUGUUAUGGCAUAUUUAAAUGGAACAUCUAAAGAAGACGAUGAAGAAUCAAUUGACCCCGAUCCAGAAGAAUAUAGAUUAAUGCAAUUGCAGAUUAGAGAAUUGACAACACAAAACAAAUUGCUGCAAACUGAAAUUGAUACACUCAAACAAGUCCAAACAAGGACGAAUAAUUCAGACAGCUCUGUAGACAGUGAAAGCUCAUCAGACUCUAGUAAUAGUUCUUCCAGUUCAUCUGAUGGACAAGAUAUUGAAAUGAAAUUUUUAUUACGGAGUAGUGAGAACGAUCAUGCACCAGAAGAUAAUUGAUUGGCAAAAUACCAAAAUGAUAUAAACGCUUUUUCCUUGUAAAUAUAUAAGUAUAUUUAUUUAUAUAUAUAUAUAUAUAUAUAUGUUUGAUUAUUAUUAUAUUUUUUUUUAAGAACUUCUGAUAAUUCUUUUAAUUUAUGUUAAUAAUAUUAAGUUUUACCCUUUAUCAAAUUUUUAUUGAAAAAUGAUUCUUUGAUUACAUUUUUAACUGUAUUUUAAUUUACCGGUAAUUUAAAAUUCCGGUAAUGAUCUCGAGUAUGUCAAAUAAUUUAAGCUGAGAUUAUUACUUUUUGUUUCACCAUUACACAAACCAAUUAAUAUAUUUAUGAAAAUAAUUUUAAUUAUAUAAUUCCUAAAGAUUCCAUUUAAUAGAUAAAUUUUGAACUUUAAAAAAAAAAUAAAAUUGUUUAUUUGAAAAACUGACAAUGUCUUGUACAGGGAUGGUGAUGUUACCACUUGUGCGAUAUACCUAUGUGUUGUAAUGUGUUUUUUUUUUUUUUUUUUUGAUUGGAUUGUAAGAGAAAACAGUUAAAAUAAAUUUUUUACUGAACUGUUUAAUCAUGUCAUUAAACUAAUUGGCUUUUUUAUUUUAAAAAUAUUAGGUUUAUUUAAUUUCUUUAAAUUAUACUAAUUUAAAUAUUACAAACUAUUUUUAAAAUUAAAAAAUAUUAACCUAUGCAAAAGAAAUAAGAAUACCUUUGAAUAAAACAAUUUAAAUAUGGCUGACAUUGGUAUAAGAAGAAAAUGAUUUAAAUAAAACAUUAAAGUUUUUUAAAACAAACUAUGGAAAUUUUAACAAAUGUAUACAAAAUUGGAAAAAAAAAUAACUGGCCUUCAGUAAAAAAAAAAUAAAAUAAUAAUAAUAAAUAAUACUACUAAUCAAUAACUUCAAGAUGAAUCUUUACGAGGAUCAACCAUUAAAUACCAAUAUUUGCAUAGUAUGUCAUCUUUUAACUGUUCUUCUUCAAUAGUAUUUUCCAUCUUCAUCAUUGAAACAAAACAAAAUUCUAAAAAAUGUCUAGUUUUCACAUAGCUAACAACCAAUCUCUUUAAUAAUUCAGUCA